CCCCGGGGCGGGAGAAGCCCGUGUUUGGUUCUCAGAGAGAGUCCUUUGGGAAGAGUCACAAAGCGAUUUCCUCAGAGGGAGAGAACGGAGUGGAGAGAGAGAGCUCCGGAGUCCAUCCGCAUGCAGGAAGCAGCGCUGCUCUGGACAUCACCGACCCCAACACGUCCUGGACCACUGGGCUGAGGCAGGAAAAGAGGAAGAAAGAAGUGUCAGAGAAUGAUGACAUCUGAUCGGGGUGCUAGUUGAUCUCUCUUUUUCUCUCUGACAGCUCAAACUGUGGAUCUCCAAGCGCACCAGGAGUGACUUUUUCAAACAUCUUUCCACUCUGGGUCGGUCCGAGUCCUGCCGUCCUGUUGGUGAUUUAAACCCGUUUUCAAAGUUUUUGGACAUUUUGGAUCGUAGUAUGAUUUUCUUUCCGAUUUAGCACCAACUCCCUUCUCAGGACUUGAGAGUCAGAGGAAUAGAAAGGUGCUCUGCUUGAUUUCCAGCGAAGCGCAGCAGCAGCAGCAGCAGCAAAGAGCGCAGCCACGGUGCUCUGCUUGAAUCAGAGUGAAGGAUCUACAGGAGAACAAGUGCACGGCCAGGCGGAGAGAGAGCGAGACACGGAGGGACAAGCAUCGACCUUUGGAGGUUUGUUCAUGUUUGGGAUCCAGGAGAGCAUUCAGAGAAGCGGCAGCAGCCUGAAAGAGGAGCCGCUGGGAGGCAUGAACGUCCGGAGCUGGAUGCAGGGGGGCGGCGUGCUGGACGCCAACACGGCCGCCCAAAGUGGAGUGGGUCUGGCCCGGGCUCACUUUGAGAAGCAGCCGCCCUCCAACCUGCGGAAGUCCAACUUCUUCCACUUCGUCCUGGCUCUGUACGACCGGCAGGGCCAGCCAGUGGAGAUCGAGAGGACCAACUUCGUGGACUUCAUCGAGAAAGAAAAGGAGACGAGCGGAGAGAAGACCAAUAACGGGAUUCAUUACCGGCUGCAGCUCCUGUACAGUAACGGCAUCAGAACAGAGCAGGACUUUUAUGUUCGACUCAUAGACUCCAUGACUAAACAGGCGAUUGUUUACGAAGGCCAAGACAAGAACCCAGAGAUGUGCAGAGUGCUGCUGACACACGAGAUCAUGUGCAGUCGGUGCUGUGACAAGAAGAGCUGCGGAAACCGUAAUGAGACACCCUCAGACCCUGUUAUCAUCGACAGAUUUUUCCUCAAGUUUUUCCUCAAGUGCAACCAGAACUGCUUAAAGAAUGCAGGAAACCCACGAGACAUGAGGAGGUUCCAGGUGGUGGUGUCGACUACGGUGAGCGUGGAGGGACACGUCCUGUCAGUCUCCGACAACAUGUUCGUCCAUAACAACUCCAAGCAUGGCCGACGGGCCCGCAGGCUCGACCCUGUGGAAGGAACGCCGUCGUACCUAGAACACGGAGCAGCUCCCUGUAUUAAAGCCAUCAGUCCCAGCGAGGGGUGGACCACGGGGGGUGCUACAGUCAUCAUCAUAGGAGACAACUUCUUCGACGGUCUCCAAGUUAUCUUCGGUACCAUGCUGGUUUGGAGCGAGCUGAUUACGCCGCAUGCCAUCCGGGUCCAGACACCUCCCAGACACAUCCCAGGGGUCGUAGAGGUCACUCUGUCCUACAAAUCCAAACAGUUCUGCAAAGGCACACCAGGAAGGUUCAUAUACACAGCACUAAAUGAACCAACCAUCGACUAUGGCUUCCAGAGGCUUCAGAAGGUCAUCCCUCGGCACCCCGGUGACCCCGAGAGGCUGCCAAAGGAGGUGAUUCUGAAGAGAGCAGCUGACCUGGUAGAAGCCCUCUACGGUUUGCCUCACAACAACCAGGAGAUCAUCCUGAAACGUGCAGCGGACAUUGCAGAAGCUCUUUACAGUGUUCCUCGAGGACACACUCAGCUCUCCGGGUCGACCCACUCCGGCAUGAUGGGAGUCAACUCCUUCACAGGGCAGCUGUCCGUCAACGUCUCCGAACCCUCACAAGUCAAUCAGGGUUUUGUGCGCAGCAGCAGUAGUGUGUCGCCUCACGGUUAUGUCCCCAGCACCACGCCUCAGCAGACCAGUUACACCUCAGUCACCAGCACCAUGAACGGCUACGCUAACAACACCGGCAUGACCAACCUGGGAGGCUCGCCCACUUUCCUUAACGGCUCUGCAGCCAACUCGCCUUAUGCUAUCGUCCCCUCCAGUCCCACCAUGGCCUCCUCCACCUCUCUUCCCUCCAACUGCUCCUCCUCCUCUGGUGUCUUCUCCUUCUCUCCGGCCAACAUGGUGUCAGCGGCCGUUAAGCAGAAGUCGGCCUUCGCUCCGGUGGUCAGGCCCUCCUCCUCCCCUCCACCCUCCUGCACCAGUGCCAACGGCAACGGGCUCCAAGAUCAAACAUUUGUGGACUCUAGCAAGUACUCAACAGCCAGCUCUCUACAAGGCCUGGCCUUCACCUGAACAAUCCCGGGAAUGAUCGUCCCACCCAUGUAAAGGUGUGAGUGCAUGACUGUGUGCGUGUUUGUGUGUGUGUGUGUGACAGUGUGUGAGUUGAACCAAGCACACUCUCACUGAUCCUGCUGGAGGAUUCGGUGCGAGUCAGACUCCGGUCAGGGAUGGAAGCAGCUGUCCCGAUCUGAAGGAACAAACCCAACUCAGGCCCUUUCUAACACAAUAACAACUACAAGAACAACAGAAGAAGAACAAAAAAAGUUUAAAAAAAACAAAAAACAAAGACUGUUUGCAAGAAAACAAGUUGUUUAGACUUUGUACACCUUGAUGCUUUUAUAGGAGAACGGCCACGCCUACGUUACGGACUCUCCACGGACACAUGAAGUGUAUUUAUUUUGGAGAGAAUCCUUUUCCUCCCUUGAGUGAUUGUUGAUUUCUUUUCUUUUUCUUUUUUUGUGCAACACUUAAUGUGUGAUAAUCAUCUUCUAACUGUAACCUACAUGAGGGACUUUCUAUUUAUGAAGUUUAGUCUUUAACGAAGGAAUAUAAUGUGAAGAAUGCCUGACGAUGACGGUGAUGAUGAGUCAAAGCGAUGAUGAAGAAGGAUUCACACGGGGGUCAAAUCCAGCCAACACAGACGAGCCAAACCAGACACACACUCUCAUUUGUCUUUGCCAAAACCACCAUCGCUCUCUGAGACGUGGAGCUGAAUCAUUCAGCUGAAGGAUUUGGACGUUGCACUUUCAGCCAUUCAAGAAAUCCCGGUGUUUACCAGUGUUUGCUACCAAUCUUUCAUCCACCAGAAGGUGCAGAGAGAGAGAAGAAAUCUGUCAAUUAACAAACAAAGAAGGAACAAAUUUAUUUCUGCCGCCCACGAUUCAAAAUUUCACACGCUUCAGUGCUAAUUCAAGACACGUUUUGCAAUAGCGAACCAUAAAAAGGCCAUAAAAGACUGCAGCUUGUUCCCAGCAGUGGAGUGUGUGAUUACUGGGUGCCAGCAGCAGCUUCACUGUUCAGGAUUUGACCCAAAAACUGCCACUGAGUCCCUCCAUCGGCCACAUCUGUUUUACAGUCGGACACAGCCACAGCAACCUCUAUAGAAAGGGGAACAUGUCUUACAAGACUGCUGCCAUUUUGAUUUUGUUGUGUGAGAUUUGCUUUGCUGAGUUCUUGAUUACUGAACAGAUAAAUUCUUAUUUCUUCUUCUUGAUUUUUUUUUUUGGUUUGCUGUGUUUGUUAAUAUUUUUACUGUGAUCAGCCGGCCAAUCAGAUUGUGCUUUUUCUAUUAUUUUUUUGCAUCUGCCUUCUGAUAUGAUCGGCAACUUGAGUGGGAAAACUAACCAACGUUGUGUCUUAAAUGCUGCGCUGCAAAAAAAUGUCAAAAAAUUUGCAACUGAGGGUUAAAAUUUGGCUUUUUAAAGUGUGAAAACAACUUUAACAGCAUCAAUCAUUUCUGCAGCAGCCCUUAAAUGGCGUUUAUGCUCAUAUACGUCAUAUAUUAGUCAUUCUGACAGAAGGAAAUUAUGCGAUGCUGUUUUAGAGCGACAAAAUAGACCGGGGUUGAUGAACGGGUCAACACAGCAUCAAGCGUUAACAUUCAUUUGCUGUUUCUAACCAACAGCUUUGUCUUUUUAGCCAAGAUCAAGAUGAUUUUCUAAAUUUAACCAAGUUGGUUUUUGUGUCUAAACCUCACUGAACCUUAACCAGACUUUUGUUACAUCAUAAAAUCAGUGAAAACUCUCAAAAUCGGACACUUUAAGAAACGUGAUCCUGCUGAUAGGUGCAUCAGAUAGAAAAUGGUUGUUCUGAUGCUGUUGUUAAAUAUUUUUGGUCCAAUGUUUUGCACUUAUUUCUGGAACUAGAAAAGUACAAACUAUAAUUUCCUGUUUUUUUACAUGAAAAACAGACAUUUUUUGCAGCGCAGGACAGUUAGCCAGCGACAUGUCUUAAAUGCCCGGUGUGUGAAAACUAUCUGAAGGUGUGCGUGUGUGUUUUUCAAAAGUCUUAAUUAAAUUAUGACGAUGUUAAUUUUGCCAAAGCCCUUAUUUGAUACAUUAAUGCCUGAAUAGUCUUACGCCACAGUUUUUAUGCUGUUCUACAUAUCUUUGCUUGUCACACAUUGUCAGAAACCGAAAGGAUGCCAUAUUAUGUACAUCUGUCAUUGUCAGGCCUGCAUUCAGAAAUCACACUGAUACAGAAUCUAUUUGAGAGUGAAUCCGAUUCUUAACUGGGCAGAAAACUUAAAUAGCAUCUAUUUGACGAACAGAAAUCAUUUGCAACGACUGCCUGAUGAGAUCUGAACCUUCAGUCACCUGAAUGUUACUGCUAAAAACAACAAAAAGGAAAGGGAAGGAAAUACUUAAUAUCCCUCAACUUUUAAAUUCAAAUUAAAUGAAUGAAAGCAACCUCAUCAGUCACAAGACUUCAGGAGCUACGACUGGAGGUCUGUCAGUGAAGAAGUAAUCAAGAACUGGGAUGAAAGAAUUUAAGAAAAUGAAAAAAAAAAGUCCUCAAGAAUUGAAAAGAAAAACAGUUGUGAUUUGAGGAAAAAACAACUAAAACCCUGAAAAACCUCCCUGAAGAUUCUCAGAUGUGCUCCUUAUUUUCUUUGUCUCUCAUGUCAGGAUUUGAAUGUUAUUAAGACAUCUUAGUUGUUUUUGUAUUAUAGUGUCUGUUUGUUAAAAGCCAUACUUCCACUGCUAAUUUCAAUCAAGCUAAAAUAAGCCAUGGUGUCUUUUUUUUAUUUUCAAAUCAAGGAAGCAGGAGGAUGUUUUUCAUUUUUGUCAUGUUGUUCGCAUCAUUCUCGUUCAAGUUAGCAUCAUUUCGUUGCAUUGUGUAGAUGUAGAGUUUAUGAAAAUGUCAUUAUGAUUAUGUGUGUUUGUCUUCCAUGUGAUGGAUUUUUUUGGAUGGAAAAUUGUUGCUCAGUGAAGGCUGAAAGAGAUGAAGGAAAAAUCUCUCCUCGUUUUCCUCCUUUCUCCUGCUUCAGUCAGGUUUUCUGUCCUCUUUCUCUGCUCCCCUCCUCUGUUCAUUUCCCUCCCUGUGCUAUUAAUACUCUGUAUGUUUGCCCUCUUUUUUCCUUUCCUUCACUUUUCCUUUUUUUUUAAAAAAAAAAAAAAGAAAUUGAGCCACCUAUUUAUUUUAUCUCAAACAUGGGUCUGGAGACCACUCUUCUGUUCGUGUCGACAUGUGAGAGCGCCUGUGAGUGUGUGCGAGUGUGUGUCAUCAUUUUUCCUCUGAAAGAAAAAUGUUAUGUUUAAAAGCCGAGGGAUGUUUUUUUAAUAGUACAUAUAUAAAUACCUGUACAGGAAAGGAGUAAAUAGAAAGUUUUUUUGUUUUGUUUUUUUGUGAAGGAAGCGAGAUCCGAAGCACUUGUCUAACAGCAGUAGUAACAUUUGUCAUGGCUUGUCUGCGUUCAGGCUCACAGCGGUUGGCAUUGUUCAUACACAUUAUCAAUAGUAUCAGUACGGAGGGGAAGAGUACAGAGGAAACUACUGUAAAGAUGAUAAUGUUGAAUUUGUUUUUUUAUUAUUUUGAACUUUGAAGUGUAAAAUAACUUUUUGACUCUCACUAUAUUUAAUUAAAGUUCUUUCUUCUCUGUGAA